AUGACUGGUGGCUCUCAUCUGAAGCAACCAGCAGCAGCAGCAGCAGCAGCAAAUGAAUGCAACAGCAGCAGCAGCAGCAUCAACGGUGCUGCCUAUAUGGGCCCUGCUGUGUGGCCUGCUGCUCUGGGUCAGCAGCAAGCUGCUGCAGUGCAUAAGCUGCAGCAGAUGCUGCAGUCUCAUGAGGGCGGCGAAAAUCCGUGCUGCAGCAGCAGCAGCCGCAGCUGCUGCAGCAGCAACUGCAGCACAAGGUGUGGGGCCGAGUCUGUGCCAUCGCCUCACGGGCAGCUGCUGGGGCCCUUUCUGGAUCCGGAGAGAGCAGCAGCAGAUUCUGUUGCAGCAGCACCAGCAGCUGCAGCUGCAGCAGCUGCAGCUGCAGCAGCAGCAGCACCGCGGCAGCAGCAGGCAGUAGCCAGGCCAGCUGCUGCGGAAGGCGCUGCUGCUGCUGCUGCUGCUGCACAGGACGGCACACUGCACCGACGCAGAGGCAGAACGUCUCUGUCAGCAACAGCAGGAGCUGGAGGAGCAGCAACAGCAGCAGCUGGCACUGCAGCAGCAGCAAAUGGAGCAGCAGCACAGGGGAAGCGGCACCGAUGCCGUUUUCCUUUUGCUGCUGCGGCUGCAGGGCAGCCACAGCAAGAGCUGCCGGAGCAGGGCACAGAAAGCGGCUCAGCAACAGCAGCAGCUGCAGCAGCAGCAGCAGCAGUUGAUGGGGCGUGUCUUGACGGCUAUCAACAGCAGCUGGAGUUAGCGAAGCAGCAGCAGCAGCAGCAGCAGUCGCAUGAGCAGCCGGCGCAGCAGCAGCACUCCGUGCAGGUUGCGCAGCAGCGGGUCGAGGAGCCUUUGGAUGCAGCUCCGGAGCCGCAGGCCGCAGCCCACAGCAAACAGCAGCAGCAGCAGCAGGACAGCAGCAGGAGCAGCAGCAGCAGGAGCAGGGGCAGGACGCUGCCGCUUGCUCUGCGUCGGCGGCCGUCUCGGGGUGCUGCUUGCCCCUGCAGCAGCCGCCCUCCCUGCCCCCGCCUCCACCUGCGCAGCAGCAGCAGCAGCAGCAGCAGCAGCAGCAGCAGCAGCAGCAGCAGGCGGGGGGGAGCUACUACCAGCAGCACGAGCAGCAGCAGCCCGGCAGAGUAG